CAGUUUCGCUUUCCGUUCAACCUGUCAACGGCUAAAGAAGAAGAAGCAGAGCUGGACACGGGUACAGACGAAGAAAACAAAGUAGUUGGGUCAUCACCAGGUUGCAGUGUUGCUUCUUUUUCAACUUUAAAACUGAAAAUUUCAACCCAAAGUCAACUACAGGAAGUGUUUGGAUGCGGACAACAAUACGGCAACACGACCUGAAAAGGUAUAUUAAUGGCUUCUGAAGUCAGUCUGCGAGGGAGUCUUAAAGAGGCUGAGGAACUGGCCCUCUCCCUGAGUGAAGCCCUCAGCAGUGGGGAUGAACAGGAAGCAAUGAAGUUGUGCCAGAGACUGUCCCAGCUCUCUGUGCCAGUGUCUGUCAGCAUCAACAGACAGGCCUACCCUCAGGACUGCAUCAGGUUAUGGGUUGGAGUGGAGGAUGCUCAGUCAGAUAACUACAUCCCGGUGACUGUCGAGGCCUCUCUUGACAUGACAAUAGCACAACUAAAAGAAAAGAUCAGCCAUGACUUUGGGUUCGUCCCUGCUCUGCAGCGCUGGGUGAUCGGGAAGCGUUUGGCUCAUGACCGGGAGACUCUGUAUAGCCACGGUAUCCGUCAGAGCGGAGACAAAGUCUUCCUGUUUAUCCUCUCAGCCCAUGCUGCUCAUCUCACACGGCAACAACAAAGGCAGGAUGAGGAGCAACAACGCAUAGUGGGCAUUGUGGAGUCGAUGCACUCGAUGCAGCUUCUACCUCGAGGCCUUGGCGUUGUAGAUGGUGAGAAGAAUACUCUUCCGCCAGAACCUGAACAGCCUCCUCCUAUUCCUCCCAGAGUCCCGACUAACAAGCGACCUGCUGUGCUUCCCAAACCUCAGCUGGGCUGGGCAUGUGCAGCCUGUACAUUCAUCAACAAACCCACACGUCCAGGCUGUGAAAUUUGUGGAGAAGAACGACCAGAGGAUUAUGUUGUGCCAAAUAUCUACAAGCCAGACCAGGAGGAGAUACUGCGGAUUGAAAAAGAACAGCUCGCCAUGCUGCAGUAUGAACAGGCUCAGCGGGAAGAGCGUGAGAGGAACUACCUUCACCUUUUGGCAACUGAUGACCUGAACCUCAUCCCCAACAGCACAGAGGCAGAAUGCCCCAUCUGCUUCUCCACGCUGCAGCCAGAAGAGGGCGUUGUGCUCAGAGAGUGUCUGCACACUUUCUGCAGGGAUUGCCUUGUUGGAACAAUAGUGAACAGUCAGGAUGCUGAGGUGUCGUGUCCAGACAACUGUGAGAGCAAACUGCUGGACAGAGAAAUCCAAGCGCUGCUAACAGAAGAGGAGCACCAGCGCUUCCUGGAGUUGCGUCUGAGCAUUGCAGAAAGCCGCUCUGAGCACAGCUUCCACUGUCAGACCCCCAACUGUAAAGGGUGGUGCAUUUAUGAGGACGAAGUCAAUGAGUUCAACUGUGAACUCUGCAGUGAAACAAACUGCCUACUCUGCAGGGCCAUCCAUAAGGACAUGAAUUGUAAGGACUACCAGGAAGACCUGCGCAUCCGAGCACAGAAUGACGAGGCGGCUCAGCAGACCACUCAGAUGCUGCAGAGCAUGCUGCAGAAUGGAGAAGCCAUGAAAUGUCCACGAUGUGACGUGAUCGUCCAGAAAAAAGACGGCUGUGACUGGAUCUGCUGCCUGAUGUGCAAAACAGAAAUCUGCUGGGUCACUAAACAAGCGCGCUGGGGACCGAAUGGUAAUGGGGACACGUCUGGGGGCUGUAGAUGCCGAGUCAAUAAUCAGCCUUGUCAUCCCAACUGCCAGAACUGCCACUGAGGGAGGUACACUAAUGAACACAGACCCAUCACAUGAACUGUCUGAGGGAUUUAAGAACUCUGCUUCGGCUAAGGCUGCUCGCUUCAUGCUAGCUUUCGUGGUUUGUUUUACCUGAUUUUAGCUUUGUUCUCAUUACAUCUCAAGCCUUCUGGAGGUGUCAUUUUGAGGAAAAAAAGGAGAAGCCAAGUAUAGCCGUGUACCAUUUUUAAAUCUUAUCAGGAAGAAAAGGAUCGCCUAUGCCCCAAAUGGACCUUUUUUAUAGUUCUGUCUCUUGUGUUGCAUGGCUGUAACUUAUCAAUACAUAUCAAUUGCAAUCAUUGUUUUGUCUCUCCGCGUGUAAUAUUUAGUCUAAAAGCCUCAACAAGAAAACAAGUGUUACAAUAACAUGAGCCUGAAUAUCUUUCUAAUUAAAGUGAAUGGAUUUUUAAGCUUCAUACAGUAUACAACUAGAUUAUUAAGGCAGAGAUGAUCAGAUAUUUAUAAGCAAUAUGUUUUCUUUCAGUCGUCUAAUCUGACUGUGGUGAAGGAUGUUUACAUUGAUUUAAUGUGUUCCUAAAGUAAAGCAAAGUUGCUCUGACGCACUUAAAGACUUCGAGAUACGAGGUUGAUUAGCAGCACAAAUAAAGAUGCUGUAUUUUCUUCAUGUAUUAGGGUAUCAGUAGCUGUUUUUAUGUGUUAGGGAUUAUAUGAAAUGUAUUAUUGAAGAUAGGUUUAUUUUGUGUAUGCUUAAAGUCAUGGGGUGUUUUUUCAGGUUUUCUCUCCAUGACAUGCCUUAACUCCAUAAAAUGAAUUAUAGGAAUACAGUAUGACAAGCAUUAUUCAAACAAUAAACAGUGAAAUAUGUUAGCAUUACGUUUAAAGAGUAGCUGCUCUUAAAGCAUGUGAAGCUUGACAGUAAAGGCUCAAUGAAGUCUGGAAAAUAUAACUAGGAAUAUGAACUAAAAGGAAUUACCUUAUGUAACGCUGUGGAAAAUACCUGGUAGAAAACAGAUAAAUAGCCUGUGUUUAAAGUGUUGGAUUUCUAAAAUAAAGAAACAAAUGAAGACGGUGAAUAUAAGCACUUAUUAUCAAGGGAGAGAAAGUCAGAGGAGCUGCAUUUUUCCUGGAAUCCAAUACAAAGUUAAGGGACACAAGAUGUGUCUAGUUGUUCAUUUUAUGUGAAAAUGUUCAGUGUAAUGGCUUUUUGUCAUGCCUUUGAUUUAUAAAGAAUAGCAGGCCCUGCUGUUUUGAUUAGAGACAAAUCAAAAAGUUGUAAUACGGAUGAGCCUAACAUGAAAUGUUUGAAAAGAGAUGCUGUACCUAAAGUCUUCUUUUGCACUCCAUGACUUAAAUCUUUGUAUUUCUCAUUUGUAUUUGUCUUGGCUCUAAAAUGAAGAAUUAAAUACUUUUGAAAAAGU